CAGCUUUCCAUCAGGACAUAUACAUAUCGCCGUCUGACUUUGCAGAUAUAGUCCUGACGAGAUAAGCUUUACAGCCCCGUUCCCACCAAUCGAUUCCCACAAGGCUCCUUUAUAUGCGUGACUCGUCGUCGGGUGGCAAGGCGUCGGGAGAAAAGCCGUCUCCUCCAUCAAGUCGCUUCGUAACUGCCAACAGGUCACAAUCUCGUAAGAUCAAGCAGUCGAGAAAGCAGCCACCAUCAGCAGCAGACAUGUCGAAGCUUUCCGACCCAUUGAAGCAACUCAUCAACGCGGCGUACGCUCUGCCGGGCUACCUCAAAGCCCCGCCGACGAUCCGCUCGACGUACUCGCGGGUGGCCAACAGCGCCAAAGAACAUGGCGUGGGUAUCCCCGCUUGGCUGACCAUGGCCACGGCGACGACCAUGACGCUCAACUCUCCCGGCUCGAUGAUCGAACUGUUCCAUUUGACACAGUCACUACCCUCGCCACCUCCGGCCGCUGAGACGGCGGGUUUGAUGCGCGAGGUCGGUCUCAAAUGUAUCUCUUUCAACGGCAUCCCCCGCACCAUCAACUGCCUCGGCGCGUUUCGCGAGGGCAUGCCCAAGGACGUCUUCGACAGCAUCCCGUCCCAACCUUCGCGACAACUCGAUCCGGACAACAUUUCUACUUCGUUCGCCAGGGGCCGUGCCCUCUGGGACAGCGUGUACAGGCCCUUUGAGGGCAAACUGCUCGACAAACUGGCCCAGAGCCACCCAAAUUUACCCGUCCACAUUCUCAACGGCCACUACUCCAACCUGCUCUCGGACCCUCCCGCGGACUCGCCCAUCAAGGUCGGCCGCGUGCUCACGUCUCUCGUCGCCAUCGCGUGUCUGCGCGCGCAGACCGGCGUCGGUCCCCAGGUCACCAGCCACGUGUUCGGGCUGCGAAAGGCCUACGCCGACGGCUCGGCCGAGAAGGACAUUGAAGGUGGUGAAUGGUUGGCGACCGAUGAAGGGAAUCAAUGGAUUAUCAACGCCAUCGACGAGAUAGUCCAAGGAUUGACGGAGGGACGAGGCACGACUUUUGCCCCGGGAAUGGCCGGCGCGAAGUUGCAGGCCAAACUGUAAAAAGUCGGCCUCGACCGGCCCCCGUACUAGGCUCCUGCAGCGAGUAUCUCGAAGUCUUUUUGUCGUCUAGAAACGGGAAAAAUGAAAAAUCCCAUUGGAAAUAGAAUCGACAUGUUUUG